AACAAUUGCCUCAUAGCAUAUCAUAUUUUCUCUCCUUUUCGGCCUUCUGCGACACCUGGUGCGAGUCUUCGCCGUUAAAGCGCGCUUUCCCUAACUAGUCCUUAGCGUACAAGUCUCGCUUCUCUCUCUCUCUCGCUCUCUCUCUCCAGCAUGCAUCUCUCUUGAGAGUUUCAUCCAGAAACUCGACGGGUUGAUGACACAGAGCGAAACAUCCACAGCUAAAGAGCUGCUGUUUCUCACAACCCAUCAUUGGGAGUCUCUCUAUCCGAUCUCUCCCUUGUGCGUGCGGGUGUGAUUUCUGUCAAAAAGACACAGGUUGCGAAUCAUCGCGCCUUGUUUCUUUGGGUCUUUUUCUUGGAGCAAAAAAGUCGCGUGGGUGCAAUGAAUAAGAGAAGCCAAGGGGCUCGGGGCGUUCUGGUAGGCCUGGUUUUCUUCGUAGCACUCCUGGUGCUUCGCAUCGAUGUCUCGACCGUGUCCAGGCCGAGCGUCACUACUCCUCCACACUCCCUCACCAAGAACGUUCAAGUCGCAGGUACCAAAAGGUUGUCACCAACACAACGAGGAGAGAUCACGGGGGCCCCACCACUCGACAGUCAAACGCAAUCCCCUGAAUCUAGAGAAUUAGCGGCAGCCGCAAUCACCUGCGACCGGUCUCACCGCGCAUACGACACCUGCACCGUCAACGGCCCCACCCUCCUCCACCCGCCCACCGCCACCUUCUUCCUCCUCCGCCCCACCGCCGGCCGCCUCUCCCCGGAGAGGAUCCGCCCCCACCCGCGCAAAUGGGAGAACUCCACCAUGUCCAAGAUCAAGGAGUUCACCCUCGCCCUCGCCGCCGGCCCUCCGGAAGGCCGCCGGUGCGACGUGGAGCACGACGCCCCCGCCCUCGUGUUCAGCGUCGGCGGCUACACCGGCAACUUCUUCCACGAGUUCGGCGACGGCCUCGUCCCCCUCUUCGUCACCGCCAACACCGUCUUCCCCGGCCGCGAUUUCGUCCUCGUGAUCGACGGAGCCACCGGCAGGUGGAUCCACAAGUAUGGGGACUUGCUCCGAGCUCUCAGCGAUCGUCCCGUCGUAUAUGUCGACCGCGCCAAGGGCUCUCAUUGCUUCCCUUCCGCUUCGCUCGGGUUGAUCUCUCACGGAUUCAUGACGAUAAACCCCAAAUUGACGCCUAAUUCCAGAACCUUCUUGCAUUUCCGCCGAUUCCUCGACGAGGCGUACCGGCGCAACCGCCCCGAGGCCCCCGCGGCCGCUCCUCGGUCUCCGGCGUGGAGGCCGCGGCUCGUGAUCACCGCCAGGAGCGGCGGCGUCGGGCGCGUGAUCCUGAACCGGAAGGAAGUGACGGACCUGGCUGAGGCGGUCGGCUUCGAGGUGGCCGUCUUCGAGCCGAAGCGGAGCACGCCGCUGCGGGAGGCGUACGAGCUGAUCAACUCCAGCCACGCCCUGGUCGGCGUGCACGGGGCGGCGCUCACGCACACCCUGUUCCUCCGGCCGGGGGCGGUGCUGGGGCAGGUGGUGCCGAUCGGAGCGGGCUGGGUGGCGCGCGCGUGCUUCGAGGAGCCGGCACGCGCCGUGGGGCUGAGCUACGUGGAGUACAGGAUCGCACCGGAGGAAAGCAGCUUGUUGGAGAGGUACGGGAGGGACAGCGUGCUGCUGAAGGACCCGGCGGCCGCCAACGGCGGCGGUUGGUCGGCGAAGGUGAUGAGGGUGUACUUGAAGGAGCAGAAUGUGAGGUUGGAUGUGGUGAGAAUUAGGGGGUUUCUGGAGGAGGUGUAUGAGAAGGCCAAGAAAUUCAUGGAGGAGGAACGACAGGGUUAAAAUUGAAUGA